CAUUGCACAUCUUUUGCUCGCACGUGAUUGAGUCUCCGUCGCACGUUCCUUUCUCGGCCCGGCGGAUCUCUCCCCAGCCACCCCUUCUCCGUUCUCAUCCAACAUCCAUCUACAUAUCUAUAUCAUCAAAAUAAACACAAUCACCACGUUGCAAUCUUGCGUACAAAAGCAUUGCUACGUCGUACAAGGCUAAGAGCUAUUUAAAGAGUGGUAUAUCUUACUGCUUUCGUCGCGUACGCCCCCCUUGCUGCAGGCUUUCUUCGGCUUCGCCGGAGCAGCUGGACGCUGCAAUAAGCUGUGCAACGCAUCGCGCAUUUUGUUGAUGGCUGCAGCUGCUGGCAGGCAUGUCGGCUAAGGGGCUGUAUGACCCUGAUCAGAGUGCUGUAGAUACCCGGUGGAUUCAGCCAUGGAGUGAGACGUUUAGGGCUCAACGCGAUGUUGGACUCCGCGUUCCUAUCAAUUUCCAGACUGUGCCAGGAGUUUCGCUGACAGCCGCGUGCUUUCCUGAGAAUCAGUUUGAGCAUUUUGCUUUUAAAAGGUGCUUUUCUAAUUUGCUUGCAGUGGGGUUUCGCAGGUUCACCGUGGAUACCUAUUGGGAUCCUCUACGUCAAGUAUGGAGCUUGUGUCCUGUGGAGCUUCCUCGAGCGAAUGGGGGUGACGCGAAUGAUGCUGGGGCGCCGCUGAGGACGAGUCAGAUGGUAGUGCAGUCCAGUGAUACUGUGAUGGCUUCAAUACCAAUGUCAACAGUGCCUCUCCCUCCGGGGGCACAGAGACGCCAAGAGACGGCGACAUCAGCAUCAUUAGCUGUAGGUUCGUCGUCAGCAGUAGCAUCUCCAUCUGUUGUAUCUGCCUCUGCUUCUUCAGUGUCUUCGGCACCAACCAGUGCAGCGACUCCUACUAUCAUCGACUAUCCGAGUCCAGAUGGGCCCCCAAUCUUGCAAGUUGGCAACUAUAAUUGCACUUCUCUCACGACAUUAGAUCUGCUCACAGGGAUAUUGGAAGAUUUCCUAGAUGCAACCUCCACUACUACUGGCGCUGCUCUAGUCCUGUUUUCGUUCAAUGUACAUGCCGCAUCCUCGAUUGCCAACCCCAAUGCCGAUGCUCCUCGCCUUUCUCAAGGUCAACUACCCGGACAAGGACAGCUCCUUAGCGAUAUACUGCGAGGAAAUCUCUCGGAUGAGAUGUAUAAGCCCACCACGCUGGCUGACCAGCGAGCGAAUCUGAACAAUUCUUGGUAUGAUGUUGAGUGGAACAAUCAGCCAGUACAUGGAUACUACGAGGGGUUGACCAACACCGAGGGCCAGCUAUAUACGGAUAGUGGAUGGCCAACAGAAGCUUACAUGGAGUUCAAAAAGCUGUUCCGCCUGGUCGCCAGCUAUGGUAUCAUCGACUCUCAAAUGCGCGAGUAUAAUACAACCGCCGACGCUGGCUACAUCUUCCCCGCAGGCACACUUUCCAACCAAAUCUCCAUCUCCGUCGACUCAGACGGCAGCGUAACAUCCGGCUGUCUCUUCGACCCCUCCUCCACCAGCAUCACGACACCAAACGCCUCUUGGGCCCUAUCCACCGCCCCGCAACUCGACCUACCCGCAACCCCGGACCUCUCCCUCGCCAUCCCCUCCAUCGCUAACCUCACCCGCUGCGGCAUAUCCCCUUUCCUCAACCAAACCCUCGCCAGCACCCCCGCAAACCGCAACCCCCUCCCCUACGCCGCCUUCGUCCACUCAACCCUCUGGUCCUUCGCCCCCGGCGAACCCCUCAACGCAACCCAAAACGAUGACACCAACAGCCUAAACCGCUGCGUCGUCAUGAAAAAAUCCCAGCACCCCAGCCGCUGGCGCACAACAGACUGCCGCGAACCCCACCGCGUCGCCUGCCACGACCCUUCUUCCCCUUAUACCUGGCGCCUCUCCACCACCACUUCCCCUUACGAAACCGCAGAACCCCUCUGCAAUCCCCCCUCCCGCUUCAGCGUGCCCCACACCGCACUCGAAAACGCGCAUCUGUACUCCAUCUUAGCUGCCAGCCCCGAUGACGACGUCGUCUACAUCAAUCUGAACAGCAUCAACACGCCCGACUGCUGGGUCGAGGGCCGCAACUCCACGUGUCCGUAUCUCCCGAGUACGGAUACCGAUCGCACACGGAUCGUGGUCGUGCCGACAGUGGCGGCGAUUGUCAUCUUCGUGCUUGCUGCACUGACGUUUUUCGUCAAGUGUGCGGCGAAUCGGAGGGAGAAUGUUAGGGGCAGGAAGAGGAGGUUGGUUGGGGGGUGGGAGUAUGAGGGGGUGCCUAGUUAGGUUGUUUUAUCUUGCUUGGAGGAUGCAAGGGAUAUUGGGGGAAGGGGAAAGAGGAUGGAUGGGAGAUGCAGAAUAGAAGUUUUUUUUAUUCGAGUAUCUAAAAGUAGAACUAUGAAAGAGUAUGGAAUUUGGGGG